AUGAAGAAACUCAUCCUCAUUCUCAUCCUCUCCGGCAUCACGGCCUCACUAGCGAGAAAAAAGCAUCGUCUACAACCACAAGACCAACAACCAUGGGAGCUUUCGGAAGAGUCUACAUGUCCAGACUACUCCUACUACGCCUACCAAAAACACCCACCUUACUCCUCGGGAAAAUAUCAACUCCCCUAUCAAAGACCUGUGCCAGCAUGUCGCAAGUUCAACCUGACCGAGGUCGAGGACACCAUCUCGGACAUGAAGCAGAUCAUCAGAGACCCCGAUCUCUUCCGCCUCUUUGAGAAUUGCUUCCCAAAUACUUUGGACACAGCCAUUGCCUGGAAGGGUAUUGCCGCCAAGGGCCACGGAGAUGAGCACUACAGGGAGGAUGACUAUGAAGAGGAGCUCACAUUCAUAACAACCGGCGACAUCCCCGCCCUCUGGCUCCGCGACUCCUCCAACCAACUCUUAUCCUACCUCCCUCUUCUACGCCCUUCGUCUUACUCUUCCAACACCUCCCUCGCCUCCCUCUACCGCGGCCUCAUCAACCUCCAAGCCCGCUACAUCCUCACCUCGCCACACUGCAACGCCUUCCACGCGCCCCCCGAAUCCAACCUCUCCCUUUCUCUCAAUCCGUCCACAUCCACAGAUACUGGCACUGGCACAACGGACUACGUCUACCCAUCCCCCGACCCGUCCACCGUCUUCGAAUGUAAAUACGAACUCGACUCGCUCGCCUCCUUCCUCCACCUGUCUCACGCGUACCACAACGCCACGGGUGACACGCUCUUCUUCUCGUGCGCCAGGAACUGGGUCAAGGCUGUUGAUCUGAUACUCAACGUUACCGCGGAGCUUCAGGCGGGCACGUACAAGGAGGAUGGCAGCGUGGCUUUCUCCCCGUAUCAGUUCCAGCGUUCCACAUCAACAGCGUCAGAAACGCUGGGGAAUGCCGGAGCAGGGAACCCCGUACGGAAUGGCACGGGCAUGGUGAGGAGCGCAUUCAGACCGAGUGACGAUGCGUGUAAUUACCAGCUUUUCGUGCCGGGGAACAUGAUGUAUUCGACUGCUCUGGAAAGGGUGGCGGAGGGGAUUGUAGCGAGGAUUGAAGGGCAAGUAGAAAAGAGUGCGAGGUUGAAGAGGAUGAGGGAGAUGGCGCAGGGGAUAAAAAGGGGUGUGGAAAAGUUUGGGAGGGCGGAGCAUUGGAGAUAUGGACGGGUGUAUGCUUAUGAGGUUGAUGGGUUUGGAAGUCAUAGUAUGAUGGACGAUGCUAAUAUCCCCAGCUUGCUUAGUGCGCCGUUGUUUGGGUACGUCGAUCGGAACGAUCCGAUAUAUCAGAACACGAGACGGUUUGUACUGAGCAGGGAGAAUCCGUACUACAUGGUUGGACCGGUCUUGAUCGUCCAGAUCAUGACUUCGGAUGACGAUGCCGAGAUUGUCAACUGCCUUCAACAGAUCCUUUCGUCAACGGAUGGGUUGGGGUUGAUGCACGAGUCGAUCAGCUCCAAGAGCGCCUCAAUAUGGACGAGACAAUGGUAA